GUUCUGGCCAUUUGAUAUCCGCGCCGGGUCCCUCAUACCCACCACCUGGAGCACCCUCCGAACCCACCAUUGUGCCCGCCGGCACUCGACACGCGCAAUGACGAUAUACCUACGAAACGGCUGACCGCGACAACCACCGAAAACGCUCGACGACCACGCCGCCGGACCUGAACGCGGCCCGCCCCGUGGGCGCCGGCGCCAAAUAAUGCCCAUCUGCAUCGAGUGCCGGCACCCGGUCAAGACGCUAUGGACCAAGUACUCGGGGGCCGGGGACAAGUCGAGCGGGCACAACAUCCGGCUGACGGUGUGCAAGAACUGCGGGCGCUUCUGCGACAAGUACGUCGAGCACGACUUUGUCGUGCUCUUCAUCGACCUGGUGCUCAUCAAGCCGCAGGUCUACCGCCACCUGCUGCACAACUCGCUGAUGCGCGAGGGGGACCGGUUUGACCCUGCCAUGAUCCGCCUUGGGGUCCUCCUCCUCCUCUUCGACGUCUACCUCACCUGGGCGCGCAUCGAGAAGCAGUUCAGCGCCGACAGUGUGCCGUAUCAGGCCAGCUUCGGCCGGCUCUCGCAGCAGCCGAUUGUGUUUCAGUACCUGUUCUUUUUGCUCCUCUGCUCCCUCUCCAACCUCGCCCUCCACCUCUCGAUCCGCUUCCUCACCUCGUCCCCGCUCUCCCCGCUCGCCCUCCUGGGCCUGCUGCCGACGUACGCGCGGCCCAACUCAGUGUCGACGGCGCUGCUUGUGUCGUCGUCGACCAAGCUGUUCCCGAUCCUGAUGGUGAUCUGGGAGUACGACGUGCCCGCGGCGGCGCGCAGCUUGGGGUGGGCCGUGGUGCUCAACAACGUCGAGGCGCUCAAGAUCCUGCUCGACUGUUCCUACGGCGCCGCCGCCCUGCUCGCCACGGCCGGCGCCCUCAGCCGCUGGGCCGUCGGCGCCGCCUUCCUCUGGGCCGCCGGGCUCGAGGGCGUCGACUCGGCCGGUGAGGCGAGCGUGGCCGAGGACGGGCGCGCGCUGUGGGCCAUGGUCCUGACUGUCAGGGACUGGGCCGGGAGGUUGGCUACUGGGUGAGCUGGAAGGAGUGGCUAUUUGUGUUUCUUAUUGAUUUCUUAUUGAUUUCAUGUCUCUUGUUCUUUUUAUAGCCUGGAUAGCAGACGCGUUGGAAUGCUCAAGGAUUGUCGAUGAA